UUCCCCGGCAGCUGCUCGCUCUGCUCACAAGCCAGGGGCAGGGGACCAGGCAGCAGCGACUCCUCUGGCUCCCGAGAAGUGGAGCCGACCGGUGCCACUAUGAUGCCGGGAGCCGCCGGGGUCCUCCUCCUCCUGCUGCUCUCCGGGGGCCUCGGGGGCGGCCAGGCGCAGCGGCCGCAGCAGCAGCGGCAGCCACAGGCACAUCAGCAAAGAGGUUUAUUCCCUGCGGUCCUGAAUCUUGCUUCUAAUGCUCUUAUCAUGACCAAUGCAACAUGUGGAGAAAAGGGACCUGAAAUGUACUGCAAAUUGGUAGAACACGUCCCUGGGCAGCCUGUGAGGAACCCCCAGUGUCGUAUCUGCAAUCAAAACAGCAGCAAUCCAAACCAGAGACACCCAAUUACAAACGCUAUUGAUGGAAAGAACACUUGGUGGCAGAGUCCCAGUAUUAAGAAUGGAAUCGAAUACCAUUACGUGACAAUUACACUGGAUUUACAGCAGGUGUUCCAGAUCGCGUAUGUGAUUGUGAAGGCAGCUAACUCCCCACGGCCUGGAAACUGGAUUUUGGAACGCUCUCUUGAUGAUGUUGAAUACAAGCCCUGGCAGUAUCAUGCUGUAACAGACACAGAGUGCCUAACCCUUUACAAUAUUUAUCCUCGCACUGGGCCACCGUCAUAUGCCAAAGACGAUGAGGUCAUCUGUACUUCAUUUUACUCCAAGAUACACCCUUUAGAAAAUGGAGAGAUUCAUAUCUCUUUAAUCAAUGGGCGACCAAGUGCUGAUGAUCCUUCUCCUGAACUGCUGGAAUUUACCUCCGCUCGCUAUAUUCGCCUGAGAUUUCAGAGGAUCCGCACCUUGAAUGCUGACUUGAUGAUGUUUGCUCACAAAGACCCAAGAGAAAUUGACCCCAUUGUCACAAGAAGAUAUUACUACUCGGUCAAGGAUAUUUCGGUUGGAGGGAUGUGCAUCUGCUAUGGUCAUGCCAGGGCUUGUCCACUUGAUCCAGCGACAAAUAAAUCUCGCUGUGAGUGUGAGCAUAACACAUGUGGUGACAGCUGUGAUCAGUGCUGUCCAGGAUUCCAUCAGAAACCCUGGAGAGCUGGAACUUUUCUGACUAAAACUGAAUGUGAAGCAUGUAAUUGUCAUGGAAAAGCUAAAGAAUGCUAUUAUGAUGAAAAUGUUGCCAGAAGAAAUCUGAGUUUGAAUAUACAUGGAAAGUAUAUUGGAGGGGGUGUCUGCAUUAAUUGUACCCAAAACACUGCUGGUAUAAACUGUGAGACAUGCACUAAUGGCUUCUUCAGACCAAAAGGGGUAUCUCCAAAUUAUCCAAGGCCAUGCCAGCCAUGUCAUUGUGAUCCAAUUGGUUCUGUAAAUGAAGUCUGUGUCAAGGAUGAGAAACAUGCUCGACGAGGUCUGGCACCUGGAUCCUGUCAUUGCAAAACUGGUUUUGGAGGUGUGAGCUGUGAUCGCUGUGCCAGGGGCUACACUGGCUACCCAGACUGCAAAGCCUGUAACUGCAGUGGCUUAGGGAGCAAAAAUGAAGACCCUUGUUUUGGCCCCUGUAACUGCAAGGAGAAUGUUGAAGGAGGAGACUGUAGCCGUUGCAAACCUGGCUUCUUCAAUUUGCAAGAGGAUAACUGGAAAGGCUGUGAUGAGUGUUUCUGCUCAGGGGUUUCAAACAGAUGCCAGAGUUCCUACUGGACCUACGGCAAAAUACAAGAUAUGAGUGGCUGGUAUCUGACUGACCUUUCUGGCCGCAUUCGAGUGGCUCCCCGGCGGGACGACUCGGACUCGCCCCAGCAGAUCAGCAUCAGUAACGCGGAGGCCCGGCAAGCCCUGCCGCACGGCUACUACUGGAGCGCACCGGCUCCCUAUCUGGGAAACAAACUCUCAUCAGUAGGAGGACAGUUGACAUUUACCAUAUCAUAUGACCUUGAAGAAGAGGAAGAAGAUACAGAACGUGUUCUCCAGCUUAUGAUUAUCUUAGAGGGCAACGGCUUGAGAAUCAGCACACCUCAAGAUGAGGUGUACCUGCAACCAUCUGAAGAACAUAUUAAUGUAUUGUUACUUAAAGAAGAAUCAUUUACCAUACAUGGCACACAUUUUCCAGUCAGUAGAAAAGAAUUUAUGACAGUGCUUGCGAGAUUGAAGAGAGUCCUCCUACAAAUCACAUACAGCUUUGGGAUGGAUGCCAUCUUCAGGUUGAGCUCUGUUAACCUUGAAUCCGCUGUCUCCUAUCCUACUGAUGGAAGCGUUGCGGCAGCUGUAGAAGUGUGUCAGUGCCCACCAGGUUAUACUGGCUCCUCGUGUGAAAAGCGACAGCAAGCUAAUGCUUCCUCUAAUCUCAUACCUGCCAAUAACACUAAGUCUUGUUGGCCUAGGCACAGGCGAGUUAACGGCACUAUUUUUGGUGGCAUCUGUGAGCCAUGUCAGUGCUUUGGUCAUGCAGAGUCCUGUGAUGACGUCACUGGAGAAUGCCUGAACUGUAAGGAUCACACAAGCGGCCCAUACUGUGAUAAAUGUCUUCCUGGUUUCUAUGGUGAUCCUACUAAAGGAACCUCUGAAGACUGUCAACCCUGUGCCUGUCCACUCAAUAUCCCAUCCAAUAACUUUAGCCCAACGUGCCAUUUAGACCGGAGUCUGGGAUUGAUCUGUGAUGAAUGCCCUGCCGGGUACACAGGACCACGCUGUGAGAGGUGUGCAGAAGGCUAUUUUGGACAACCCUCUGUACCUGGAGGAUCAUGUCAGCCAUGCCAAUGCAAUGACAACCUUGACUUCUCCAUCCCUGGCAGCUGUGACAGCUUGUCUGGCUCCUGUCUGAUAUGUAAGCCAGGUACAACAGGCCGGUACUGUGAGCUCUGUGCUGAUGGAUAUUUUGGAGACGCAGUUGUUGCAAAGAACUGUCAGCCCUGUCUCUGUAAUGCCAAUGGCUCUUUCUCUGAGAUUUGCCACAGUCAAACUGGACAAUGUGAGUGCAGAGCCAACGUGCAGGGUCAGAGAUGUGACCAAUGCAAGCCCAAUAUGUGGUGGGACCCAGAGAAGCGAUUCUGUGUGCUAUGUGACUGCAAUCCCGCUGGCUCUGUGUCACCGCAAUGUGAUAUUACAGGAAGAUGUGUCUGUAAAUCAGGCUUCGUAGGGAAACAGUGCAACCUCGGCAGGCAGGUGCACCAACAGGAGAAGCAGCCUCGGAGAGCGCAACGGGUGCUGGGUUCUCCCCAGAGGUGGGCUAUCGGCGGCUCCAGCGGGUGCCCUCGGGGAGCCUAUCGGGCCCCAGCUCCGCCUGGAACCUUUGGCCUACAAUCAGCAAGGGGUUGUGUUCCCUGCAACUGCAAUUCUUUUGGGUCUAAGUCAUUCGACUGUGAAGAGAGUGGACAAUGUUGGUGCCAACCUGGAGUCACAGGGAAGAAAUGUGACCGCUGUGCCCAUGGCUAUUUCAACUUCCAAGAAGGAGGCUGUACAGCUUGUGAGUGUGCUCAUCUGGGUAAUAACUGUGACCCAAAGACUGGGCGAUGCAUUUGCCCUCCCAAUACUGUUGGAGAGAAAUGUUCUAAAUGUGCACCGAAUACCUGGGGCCACAGCAUUACCACUGGUUGUAAGGCUUGUAACUGCAGCACAGUGGGAUCCUUGGAUUUCCAAUGCAAUGUAAACACAGGCCAAUGCAACUGUCAUCCAAAAUUCUCGGGUACAAAAUGUACAGAGUGCAGUCGAGGUCACUGGAACUACCCACGCUGCCAUCUCUGUGACUGCUUCCUCCCUGGAACAGAUGCUACCACCUGUGAUUUAGAGACUAAAAAAUGCUCCUGUAGUGAUCAAACUGGACAGUGCACUUGUAAGGUGAAUGUGGAAGGCGUCCACUGUGACAGAUGCCAACCUGGCAAAUUCGGACUUGAUGCCAAGAAUCCACUUGGCUGCAGCAGCUGCUAUUGCUUUGGCGCUACUACUCAGUGCUCUGAAGCAAAAGGGCUGAUCCGGACGUGGGUGACUCUGAAGGCUGAGCAGACCAUUCUACCCCUGGUAGAUGAGGCUCUGCAGCACACGACCACCAAGGGCGUUGCUUUUCAACAUCCAGAGAUUAUUGCUGACAUGGACCUGGUAAGACAAGAUCUCCAUUUGGAACCGUUUUAUUGGAAACUUCCAGAACAAUUUGAAGGAAAGAAGUUGACGGCCUAUGGGGGCAAACUCAAGUAUGCAAUCUAUUUCGAGGCUCGAGAAGAAACAGGUUUCUCUAGAUAUAAUCCUCAAGUGAUCAUUCGAGGUGGGACACCUACGCAUGCUAGAAUAAUGGUCAGACAUAUGGCUGCUCCUCUGAUUGGCCAAUUGACAAGGCAUGAAAUUGAAAUGACAGAGAAAGAAUGGAAAUAUUAUGGGGACGAUCCUCGAAUACAUAGAACUGUGACCCGGGAAGAUUUCUUGGAUAUACUGUAUGAUAUUCAUUACAUUCUUAUCAAGGCUACUUACGGAAAUAUCAUGCGACAAAGCAGGAUUUCCGAAAUCUCAAUGGAGGUAGCUGAACAAGGACGUAGAACAGCAGCGACUCCUCCAGCUCACUUGAUUGAAAAAUGUGAUUGUCCCCUAGGCUAUUCUGGCUUGUCCUGUGAGGCAUGCUUGCCGGGAUUUUAUCGACUGCAUUCUGAACCAGGUGGCCGCAGCCCUGGACUGACCCUGGGCACCUGUGUUCCAUGUCAAUGUAAUGGACACAGCAGCCUGUGUGACCCUGAAACAUCAAUAUGCCAGAAUUGUCAACAUCACACUGCUGGUGACUUCUGUGAACGAUGUGCUCUUGGAUACUAUGGAAUUGUCAAGGGAUUGCCAAACGACUGUCAGCAAUGUGCCUGCCCUCUGAUUUCUUCCAGUAACAAUUUCAGCCCCUCUUGUGUCGCAGAAGGCCUUGAUGACUACCGCUGCACGGCUUGUCCACGGGGAUAUGAAGGCCACUACUGUGAAAGGUGUGCCCCUGGCUAUACUGGCAGUCCAAGCAGCCCAGGAGGCUCCUGCCAAGAAUGUAAGUGUGAUCCCUAUGGCUCACUGCCUGUGCCCUGUGACCCUGUCACGGGAUUCUGCACGUGCCGACCCGGAGCCACGGGAAGGAAGUGUGACGGCUGCAAGCACUGGCAUGCACGCGAGGGCAGGGAGUGUGUUUUCUGUGGAGAUGAGUGCACCGGUCUUCUCCUCGGUGACCUGGCUCGCCUGGAGCAGAUGGCCAUGAGCAUCAACCUCACUGGCCCGCUGCCUGCGCCAUAUAAAAUACUGUAUGGUCUUGAAAACAUGACUCAGGAGCUAAAGCACUUGCUCUCACCUCAGCGAGCCCCAGAGAGGCUUAUUCAGCUGGCAGAGGGCAAUCUGAAUACACUUGUCACCGAAAUGAACGAGCUGCUGACCAGGGCUACCAAAGUGACAGCAGAUGGCGAGCAGACCGGACAGGAUGCUGAGAGGACCAACGCCAGAGCAGAGUCCCUGGGAGAAUUCAUUAAGGAGCUUGCCCGGGAUGCAGAAGCUAUAAAUGAAAAAGCUAUAAAACUAAAUGAAACUCUAGGAACUCAAGACAAGGCCUUUGAGAUAAAUUUGGAAGGGCUUCAGAAAGAGAUUGACCAGAUGAUUAAAGAACUGAGGAGGAAAAAUCUAGAGACACAAAAAGAAAUUGCUGAAGAUGAGUUGGUAGCUGCAGAAGGCCUUCUGAAGAAAGUGAAGAAGCUGUUUGGAGAGUCCCGGGCGAAAAAUGAAGAAAUGGAGGAGGACCUCCGGGAAAAACUGGCUGACUACAAAGACAAACUUGAUGAUGCUUGGGACCUGUUGAGAGAAGCCACAGAUAAAAUCAGAGAAGCUAAUGGCUUAUCUGCAGUAAACCAGAAAAACAUGACUGCUUUGGAGAAAAAGAAGGAGGCUGUUGAAAGUGACAAACGACAAAUUGAGAACACUUUAAAAGAAGGUAAUGAUAUACUCGGUGAAGCCAACCGUCUUGCAGAUGAAAUCAACUCUAUCAUAGAUUAUGUUGAAGACAUCCAAACUAAAUUGCCACCUAUGUCAGAGGAGCUUAAAGAUAAAAUAGAUGACCUCUCCCAAGAAAUAAAGGACAGGAAGCUUGCUGAGAAGGUGUCCCAGGCUGAGAGCCAUGCAGCUCAGUUGAAUGACUCAUCUGCUGUCCUUGAUGGAAUCCUUGAUGAAGCUAAAAAUAUCUCCUUCAAUGCCACUGCAGCCUUCAACGCUUACAGCAAUAUUAAAGACAAUAUUGAUGAAGCUGAAAAAGUUGCCAGAGAAGCCAAAGAUCUUGCAAAUGAAGCUACAGAACUGGCAACAGGUCCUCGGGGUUUAUUAAAGGAAGAUGCCAAAGGCUCUCUUCAGAAAAGCUUCAGGAUUCUUAAUGAAGCCAAGAAGUUAGCAAAUGAUGUAAAAGAAAAUGAAGACCAUCUAAAUGACUUAAAAACCAGGAUAGAAAAUGCUGAUGUUAGAAAUGGGGAUCUCUUGAGAGCUUUGAAUGACACUUUGGGAAAGUUAUCAGCUAUUCCAAAUGACACAGCUGCUAAACUGCAAGCUGUUAAGGACAAAGCCAGGCAAGCCAACGACACAGCUAAAGAUGUACUGGCACAGAUUAAAGAGCUCCACCAGAACCUCGAUGGCCUGAAGAAGAAUUACAAUAAACUAGCAGACAGCGUAGCCAAAACGAAUGCUGUGGUUAAAGAUCCUUCCAAGAACAUUGCAGAUGCAGAUGCCACUGUGAAAAAUCUACAACAGGAAGCUGACCGGCUAAUAGAUAAACUCAAACCCAUCAAGGAGCUUGAGGAUAACCUGAAGAAAAACAUCUCUGAGAUAAAGGAAUUGAUCAACCAAGCCCGAAAACAAGCCAAUUCUAUCAAAGUAUCUGUGUCUUCGGGAGGUGACUGCAUUCGAACGUACAGGCCAGAAAUCAAGAAAGGAAGUUAUAAUAAUAUUGUUGUCAACGUAAAGACAGCUGUUGCUGACAACCUCCUUUUUUAUCUUGGAAGUGCCAAAUUUAUUGACUUUCUGGCUAUAGAAAUGCGUAAAGGCAAAGUCAGUUUCCUCUGGGAUGUUGGAUCUGGAGUUGGACGUGUAGAGUACCCAGAUUUGACUAUUGAUGACUCCUAUUGGUACCGUAUCAUAGCAUCAAGAACUGGGAGAAAUGGAACUAUUUCUGUGAGAGCCCUGGAUGGACCCAAAGCCAGCAUUGUGCCCAGCACAUACCAUUCGACGUCUCCUCCAGGGUACACUAUUCUAGAUGUGGAUGCAAAUGCAAUGCUGUUUGUUGGUGGCCUGACUGGGAAAUUAAAGAAGGCUGAUGCUGUACGUGUGAUUACAUUCACUGGCUGUAUGGGAGAAACAUACUUUGACAACAAACCUAUAGGUUUGUGGAAUUUCCGAGAAAAAGAAGGUGACUGCAAAGGAUGUACUGUCAGUCCUCAGGUGGAAGAUAGUGAGGGGACUAUUCAAUUCGAUGGAGAAGGCUAUGCAUUGGUCAGCCGUCCCAUUCGCUGGUACCCCAACAUCUCCACUGUCAUGUUCAAGUUCAGGACAUUUUCGUCAAGUGCUCUCCUGAUGUAUCUUGCCACACGAGACCUGAGAGAUUUCAUGAGUGUGGAGCUCACUGAUGGGCACAUAAAAGUCAGUUAUGAUCUGGGUUCGGGAAUGGCUUCUGUUGUCAGCAAUCAAAACCAUAAUGAUGGGAAAUGGAAAUCAUUCACCCUGUCAAGAAUUCAAAAACAAGCCAAUAUAUCAAUUGUAGAUAUAGAUACCAAUCAGGAGGAGAACAUAGCAACUUCAUCUUCUGGAAACAACUUUGGUCUUGACUUGAAAGCAGAUGACAAAAUAUAUUUUGGUGGCCUGCCAACGCUGAGAAACUUGAGUAUGAAAGCAAGGCCAGAAGUAAAUUUGAAGAAAUAUUCCGGCUGCCUCAAAGAUAUUGAAAUUUCAAGAACUCCAUACAAUAUACUCAGUAGUCCCGAUUAUGUUGGUGUUACCAAAGGAUGUACCCUGGAGAAUGUUUACACAGUUAGCUUUCCUAAACCUGGUUUUGUGGAGCUCUCCCCUGUGCCAAUUGAUGUAGGAACAGAAAUCAACCUGUCCUUCAGCACCAAGAAUGAGUCCGGCAUCAUUCUUUUAGGAAGUGGAGGGACACCAGCGCCACGCAGGAGAAAACGAAGGCAGACUGGACAGGCCUAUUAUGCAAUAUUCCUCAACAAGGGCCGUCUGGAAGUGCACCUCUCCACAGGGGCACGAACAAUGAGGAAAAUUGUCAUCAGACCAGAGCCGAAUCUGUUUCAUGAUGGAAGAGAACAUUCCGUUCAUGUAGAGCGAACUAGAGGCAUCUUUACCGUUCAAGUCGAUGAAAACAAAAGAUACAUGCAAAACCUGACGGUUGAACAGCCUAUCGAAGUCAAAAAGCUUUUUGUUGGGGGUGCUCCGCCUGAAUUUCAGCCUUCCCCACUCAGAAAUAUUCCUCCUUUUGAAGGCUGUGUGUGGAAUCUUGUUAUUAACUCGGUCCCCAUGGACUUUGCACAGCCUGUAUCCUUCAAAAAUGCUGACAUUGGUCGCUGUGCCCAUCAGAAACCCCGUGAAGAUGAAGAUGGAGCAGCUCCAGCUGAAAUCGUUAUCCAGCCUGAGCCAGUGCCCACUCCAGCCUUUCCUACACCCACCCCAGUUCUGACACAUGGUCCUUGUGCUGCAGAAUCAGAACCAGCUCUUUUGAUAGGGAGCAAGCAGUUCGGGCUUUCAAAAAACAGUCACAUUGCAAUUGCAUUUGAUGACACCAAAGUUAAAAACCGGCUCACAAUUGAGUUGGAAGUAAGAACCGAAGCUGAAUCCGGCUUGCUUUUUUACAUGGCUCGCAUCAAUCAUGCCGAUUUUGCAACAGUUCAGCUGAGAAAUGGAUUGCCCUACUUCAGUUAUGACUUGGGGAGUGGGGACACCAACACCAUGAUCCCCACCAAAAUCAAUGAUGGCCAGUGGCACAAGAUUAAGAUAAUGAGAAGUAAGCAAGAAGGAAUUCUUUAUGUGGAUGGGGCCUCCAACAGAACCAUCAGUCCCAAAAAAGCUGACAUCCUGGAUGUUGUAGGAAUGCUGUACAUUGGUGGGUUACCCAUCAACUACACUACCAGAAGAAUUGGUCCAGUGACCUAUAGCAUUGAUGGCUGCAUCAGGAAUCUCCACAUGGCAGAGGCCCCUGCUGAUCUGGAACAACCCACCUCCAGCUUCCAAGUUGGGACAUGUUUUGCAAAUGCUCAGAGGGGAACAUAUUUUGAUGGAACAGGUUUUGCCAAAGCAGUUGGUGGAUUCAAAGUGGGAUUGGAUCUUCUUGUAGAAUUUGAAUUCCGCACAACUAGAACAACUGGAGUUCUUCUGGGAAUCAGUAGUCAAAAAAUGGAUGGAAUGGGUAUUGAAAUGAUUGAUGAAAAGCUGAUGUUUCAUGUGGACAAUGGUGCCGGCAGAUUCACUGCUGUCUAUGAUGCUGAGAUUCCGGGUCAUUUGUGUGACGGACAAUGGCAUAAAGUCACCGCCAACAAGAUCAAACACCGCGUUGUGCUCACAGUCGAUGGGAACCAGGUGGAAGCCCAAAGCCCAAACCCGGCAUCUACAUCAGCUGACACAAAUGAUCCUGUGUUUGUUGGAGGCUUCCCAGAUGACCUCAAGCAGUUUGGCCUGACAACCAGCAUUCGGUUCCGAGGUUGCAUCAAAUCCCUGAAGCUCACCAAAGGCACAGGCAAGCCUCUGGAGGUUAAUUUUGCCAAGGCCCUGGAACUGAGGGGUGUUCAACCUGUAUCAUGCCCAGCCAACUAAUAAACAUAAGUGUAACCCCAGGAAAGGUCUGUCAAAACAAGUAUAUCAAGUAAAACAAAUAUAUUUUACCUAUAUAUGUUAAUUAAACUAAUUUGUGCAUGUAUAUAGAAAUCUUUCUGUAUUCACAUGGUGCCAAUUUAGGCUCCAGACUGAAUUUUAAUUCAAGUUCUUUCUCAAGUCUAUAAAUAUUAAAGUGAUUAUUUCAUUCUAAAUAA